UAUAUAUAUUAUAUGGAUUACUAGGGUUUCUUAUUCUCCUCUUUCCAAGCACAGGCACGGACGUUCAAAAAAGCACAAGAACGGUAAUGGCGAAAAAAGUUUUGGUUCUUGUCUGUUUUGCCAUUCUCCUGCUUUCAAUUCGUGUAAAGUCGAGGAUGCAUGAUGAUGAUGAUGAUGAAGAGUUGUUCUUUGAUGGUUUCAGUGCAGCAUCUAGCAACAUGAGCGUAAACGGUUGUGCAUCAAUUGAGUCGAAUGGCCUUCUCCGGCUGACAAACGACACACAAGGAUUAAUGGGAGACGCGUUUUACUCAACUCCGAUCAAGUUGAAGAACUCCACAACUGGAAAAGCUUUCUCCUUUUCCACAGCUUUCGCAUUUGCAAUAUUCAAUUGGUACGGGAAACCCCCUUACCACGGCUUCGCGUUCUCCGUUUCCCCUUCAAAAGCACUUCCGAGCCAGCAUAUUAUGAGCCUUAUCAGUCCUAACUUUACACUGGACCGAGAAUUUGUGUAUGAUCCGCUUCAAGAAGUGGUCCGGCGAAUGAACGACGGGAAUUUCUUCAUCGCCGUCUUCAACAGUCAGCACUACUUUAUCGACUUGAACAACCUCAACCCCAAAAAAGAUCAUUUGGACCCUACCGAGGGUGUGGUGAUUCAAGCAUGGGUGGACUAUGAUUCCAUCAACAACCAAUUGGAGAUAAGGCUUUCACCAAACUCGUCAAAACCCACUUCACCAAUUUUGUCUUGGAAUAAUGUUGAUUUCUCGCCAAUUCUCAACGAUACUAUGUAUGUGGGAUUUUCUGCUUCAACAAGUGUGCUCGCCAACCGUCAAUACAUCUUAGGUUGGAGCUUUAAAGUCAAUGGAGAAGCUAUAUCUCUGGAUUUGGAAACAUUGCCAUCACUCUCUCCGGUGUUAAAUCAGGUGGAUGCAGAUUCUUAUAGGCAAGUAUAUUUUAUGCUAAAAAUGUUCCUAGCUGCUGCUGCUGCUGCUUUUGCUAUUUGUAGCGUACUGGCAUAUCUAGUUGUGCUUGCAUUCACGAAUAUCAACAAUCGUAGAUUAAAGUGGAAAAGGCUUAACGAGCCGUAG